CCAGAAUUUUCCGCCACGAAAAUCGUGCAGGAAACGCGUCUCUAGAUGAGCAUCUAUGCUUUAAACGCGCCUAAGCUUCGCCCGUUUCAACAAUCACGUGACCUGGAAAAUUUCGGCCCGUUAUAUCAAGUACCUUUGUGUUAUCAAUUGAUGGAACCGAGCUAACUCGGAGGCUGACUCAUAACAGGGCGCUCGACACUCACAAAUACUCGGCUCCAAGUCCACUCCACUCUUGUCUCGCUGUAUUAUCUUGCAAAAAACAGCCUCUCUAUCUCAUCUCUUAGAAUGGCUUCAGAAUCUCAUCCAAAUGGCACAGUUGCUGUUUCCUUGCCAAGUAGAGAAGGAAACAUGAACACCAAGCCACCAGUAUGGCCUUUGGACGCCAGUGGAACACUUACCCCACCACUGCCGGCGAGAUGUGACAGGCACGAUCGCCUGGAUGGCGUCUGCUGCAAAGACUUGAAAGACGACGAUGACCGCACGCUUAUCGAUCCUGAUGUCAUUCGUGAUAUUGUCAUCGGACUUUCAGACGGCUUGACAGUCCCCUUUGCUCUAGCAGCAGGUCUUUCAUCUUUGGGCACCUCAAGAUUGGUUGUCGCUGGCGGAAUAGCUGAACUCAUCGCUGGUGCUAUUUCUAUGGGCAUUGGUGGCUUCUUAGCAUCUUCGGCAGAGCGGGAUCAUUACCAUUACAUGCGACGCCACAUAUCGGCUCGGGUGCAACGGAGCUGCGUUGGAGAAAUGGAAAGGGAAGUAUGUGCUGUACUUGUCCCCGUAGGUGUCGACGAGCAGGCGUGCCAGGCGGUCACCAAGUGUCUCAGAGAUGCUGAAUUUGACCCUGAAGCCAGUGCGAACGGUUCACCGUCAGAUGAAGAAGCGCAGUUGCUGAGAUGGAAGGACCAAGUCGGUUUGACACCCUUUUUACUCAAAUUUGGAGAGGGAAUGGAGGAAAUCUCGAUUCGUCGAGUAUACUCUUCGGCGCUGACAAUUGGCUUGGGGUACUUGGUUGGCGGAAUCAUUCCCCUCAUUCCAUACUUCUUUGUUCCACAAGCGCAUGUAGCGCUCGUAUACUCUUGUAUUGUCACAGGCAUCGUUCUGUUGAUAUUCGGAGCCGUGAAAUCUCGUGUUACGGGUGCUGGGCAGGGUGUUGGAGGCUACAUAUGGGGAGCAGUCAGCACUCUAUUAGUUGGUGGUACCGCUGCUGCUGCUGCUUUUGCUCUUGUUGCAUGGCUGGAAGACUCGUAACCACUUACAUUGUAUGUAAAGCUUGUACAAGUCGUUAUUAUCAUUUUGUCGUUUUUAUAAGUUCCGCCGGAGAUUGCUGAAAUCAACAAUCCCACGUGGCGGCUGCGUCUAAAAUAUUUAAAGAU